CAGACUCAGUCCGCAAAAUGUCCUCCUUUUCACUCCCGCAGAUCAACGACAACCCGGAGGGAGGUUGGGGCCCGUCAACCUCCAACCUGCCCGCACAGUUCAAAUUCAAGGACAUCCCCUAUGCCCCGUACUCAAAAUCUGACAAACUUGGUCGUUUCGCGGACUGGAACGAUCUGUCUGGCGACAACCGCCCGACGAACAUUGGUCUGUCUGCGCAAGGAAAUGCUCGCUCCGGAGGCCAAGGACGUGGAAGGCGCGAUGGACAGCCCGCUUUCGGUAGCGGCACCGCGAGCGCGUUCGCCUAUUUCCACGCGGAGGAUGAGUCCAGUUUCUCUCUGGUCGACAACAAGACUGGUGCUGCUCGCAGGGGCGGCCCGAUGACUCGCGGUGGUGCCCGUGGAAGAGGCGGCCAGAACUACAACAACCGGGGCAAUCAGCGAGGCGGUCGCGGUGGCUUCGGCGGUGGUCGCGGUGGAGGUCAGCGCGGCGGAAGGAGAGGGUGGAGAGAUUGGGAGAAGAACGGUCGCACGCGGGAGUCCUCUGUGGCCAUCUCGCCAGACUGGGCCAUGCUUGAGGAGGUUGAGUUCCAUCGUCUUGCCAAGCUCCGCCUUGAGGUGGAUGAGCCGGAAAACCUUGAUACCUACGGCCGAGUGUUCCCGUACGAAAAGAGUUACGAUCGUAUCACCACCAAGUCCGAGAAGCCUCUCCAGUUGCUUGACCGUAUCAAGUACAACCCUACGACUUCGGAUGACCCGGUCAUUCAGGAGCUCGCUGCCAAGGACACUGCAACCAUCUACACGACGGAUGUCAUCCUUAGUGUGCUCAUGUGCGCGCCACGGUCGGUCUACCCUUGGGACAUCGUUGUCGUUCGCGAGGGCAACAAGCUGUUCUUUGACAAGCGUGACGGCGGUCCCUUCGACACCGUCACCGUCAACGAGAACGCCGCAGACCCUCCUCAAGAUCCUACCGCUGCCAACCCGAACAACCCCAACGAGAAGGUCGUUGUACCGGAGACCCCUGCUAUCAACACUGCGACUUCUCUCUCCCUCGAGGCUACCUACAUCAACCAGAAUUUCAUGUUCCAGACGGUCAUCGAGACGCCGCCUCCUCCGGCAGCUGAGUUCUCAAAGCCGAACCCCUUCUACGGCCCCGACGAGACUGAGCCCCUUGCGUCAUGCGGUUACCGUUACCGUGUCUUCGACCUCGGCAUCACCGAGGACGAGGACAUGAAGCUGUGUGUCCGUACGGAAGUCGACGCGUACUUCCCCGGCCAGGGCAACCCCAUCGAAGGCCAAGGCCUCGUCACUGUUCGCGCUUUGAACGAGUUUGACUCUCGGUCAGCGGGCGCUGGCGGUGCACCGGAUUGGCGAGCCAAGCUUGACUCCCAGCGCGGUGCUGUCAUGGCCACCGAGAUGAAGAACAACAGCUGCAAGCUCGCCAAGUGGACCGUGCAGAGUGUUAUUGCUGGCGCCGACCUCUUGAAAAUAGGGUUCAUUUCUCGUGUCAACCCGCGCGACAACACUCGCCAUGUUAUUUUGAGCACCACCUCCACACGCCCAGCGGACUUCGCUGCUCAGCUGAACGUCUCGCUUGCGAACGGUUGGGGCAUCGUCCGGACCGUGGCCGACAUGUGCAUGAAGCAGCCCGAGGGCAAGUACGUGCUCAUCAAGGACCCGAACAAGCCGGUCCUUCGUCUCUAUGCCGUUCCGGCGAACGCGUUCACCGCCGAGGACGAGGACGAUGAGGGUGGGUUCGACGAGGAUGGCGAUGCGUAGUCUCUCCCGGUGCUUCUGUAUGCUCAACUCACGGCUGUAUUUCUACAUACGAGAUCUAUCCGUGUCAUGUGUAUGAAUCUGCUGUGUAUUUCUUGAAACGUC